AUGAGCUCAAGCCCGCUGCCAUCGUCUCCGCCUGGGCCCUUGAUGGCUCAUGGUAUGGACGAUGACGACGAGGUCGAGGAGGAGGCUGAGAUCCAGGACGAUAUCGACGACAUUGACGAGAUGGCCGACGACGACGUCGACCUGUUCCGCGAGGGCUUCGAAGCAGACUACAGAGAACGAGAGGACGAUGCGUACGAGGGUGCAGGCCUUGAUGACGAAGGCGACUACGAUUCCAUGGACCUGGGCGACAGGCGGCGACUCGAGGCUCAGCUCAACCGACGAGACAGAGAAGUGGCCCGCAGACAGAGGAUUCCGGCCGCGUACCUCCCCGGCGAUGACGAAGACGGAGACAUUGACCUCACGGCGCAGCCUCGUCGGCGAAGGCACCACUACGACGAAGACCCGGAUGAUGCCAUGGAUGACAUUAUGGACGAGGAGCUCUCCCUCGAGGCUCUGGGCGACGUCAAGGCCUCCAACCUGACCGAGUGGGUAUCGCAGCCCCCGGUUCAGCGCACCAUCAAGCGAGAGUUCAAAGCCUUCUUGACGUCCUAUACAGAUGCCUCUGGCUCAUCAGUCUAUGGCAGCCGUAUUCGGACGCUUGGUGAGAUCAACGCAGAGUCGCUGGAGGUCUCGUACGAGCACCUGGCCGAGAGCAAGGCCAUCCUCGCCUACUUCUUGGCCAACGCCCCUGCGGAGAUGCUCAAGCUGUUUGACCAAGUCGCCAUGGAUGUUGUCCUGCUGCACUACCCUGACUACGAGCGUAUCCACUCCGAAAUCCACGUCCGCAUCUUUGACCUGCCUGUUCACUACACACUUCGACAAUUGCGCCAGUCGCACCUCAACUGCCUUGUGCGCGUCAGCGGAGUAGUCACACGUCGAAGUGGCGUCUUUCCUCAGCUGAAAUAUGUCAAAUUCGACUGUGGCAAGUGCGGUGAGACUCUCGGUCCUUUCCAGCAAGAGUCUCACGUCGAGGUCAAGGUCACGUUCUGCCAGAGCUGUCAGUCUCGCGGGCCCUUCACCUUGAACUCUGAGAAGACCGUCUACCGCAACUACCAGAGGCUCACCCUUCAGGAGUCGCCCGGCACUGUUCCUGCCGGUCGUCUUCCCCGUCACCGAGAGGUCAUCCUGCUGUGGGAUUUGAUUGACAAGGCCAAGCCAGGUGAAGAGAUCGAGGUCACUGGUAUUUACCGGAACAACUACGAUGCGCAGUUGAACAACCGCAAUGGUUUCCCUGUGUUUGCCACCAUCCUCGAGGCCAACAACGUUGUCAAAUCCCACGACCAGCUUGCUGGAUUCCGCUUGACCGAACAAGACGAGCAGGAGAUUCGCAAACUAGCUCGCGAUCCCAAUAUUGUGGACCGGAUUGUCAACUCCAUCGCCCCAAGUAUCUACGGACACACGGAUAUCAAGACGGCAGUUGCCCUGUCCCUAUUUGGUGGCGUAGCCAAGACCGGCCGAGGAGCCCAUCACGUUCGUGGAGACAUCAACGUUCUCCUUCUUGGUGAUCCCGGAACGGCCAAAUCACAGGUUCUCAAAUACGUCGAGAAAACAGCACACAGGGCCGUCUUUGCCACCGGCCAAGGUGCCAGUGCUGUCGGUCUGACGGCUAGCGUCCGCCGAGACCCCUUGACGAGCGAAUGGACUCUCGAAGGCGGUGCUCUUGUUUUGGCUGAUAGAGGCACUUGCCUUAUUGACGAGUUCGACAAGAUGAACGACCAGGAUCGAACUUCGAUCCACGAAGCCAUGGAACAGCAGACCAUUUCCAUCUCCAAGGCGGGUAUUGUGACAACUCUUCAAGCUCGCUGUGGCAUCAUUGCCGCCGCCAACCCGAUCGGUGGUCGUUACAACUCCAUGAUUCCCUUCUCGGCCAACGUGGAGUUGACGGAGCCCAUUCUGUCGCGUUUCGACAUUCUGUGCGUGGUGCGAGACUUGGUAGAGCCCUCCGAGGACGAGCGGUUGGCAAGGUUCAUUGUUGGCUCUCACGGCCGAAGCCAUCCCGUGUCACAGGCGCGUCCAGGCACAGCUACCCAAGGCAGCGCAAUGGACACACAGCAGACGGCUGCUUCCAGGGAUCAGCGAGAUGUCAAGGAAAUCCCCCAGGAGUUGCUGCGCAAGUACAUUCUGUAUGCCCGGGAGCGCUGCAGUCCCAAACUCUAUCACAUGGACGAGGAUAAGGUGGCCAGGCUGUUUGCGGAUAUGAGAAGAGAGUCCCUCGCGACAGGCGCCUACCCCAUCACUGUCCGUCAUCUUGAGGCUAUCAUCAGAAUCAGCGAAGCCUUCUGCAGGAUGCGCCUUUCCGAAUACUGCUCAGCACAAGACAUUGACCGGGCCAUUGCGGUGACGGUAGAGAGUUUUGUAGGAAGCCAAAAGGUCAGCUGCAAGAAGGCUCUGGCGCGUGCCUUUGCCAAGUACACGUUGGCUCGACCUGGUGCAAAGAAGGGGCCGGGUAAUGCUUCGCAGAGGAGACCGGAAGCCGUGAUGGCUUAA